AAAACACGAUAGAAUAACAUGGGAUGACUCUAAAGAAAAUGUAGGCGUAAUCUUUGAAAUUCUUGAUGGGAACGUCAAAUUGUCAAGUGAUAAACAGCUGAUUAUAAAGUAAGAUGGCGAAUUACAUUAUGUUUAAUAAUUUGGAGAAUAUAAUAUUUUGAGUGUAAUUCGUUCUCAGUUAGCCCGUGUUUGCCAGAUAUAAAAAUGCCUGGCACCAGUCUGGUCGUACCUGUAGUGCUUUGGGGCAGGCAUGCUCCAACACACUGUAUAUCUUGCAUUUAUUUAUCAAAAGACCUGAGAACGUUAGCUACUGGGUGUUACGAUGGACAAAUAUGCCUAUGGCAAGUCGAUCCGGAUACUCUUCAGAUGAUACCGAGAUGUUUACUAGUUGGCCAUACAGCUCCAAUAUUAUGCAUAACGAGAGCUUCGAUGAUCCAAGAGAACAAUUACAUUGUUUCCAGUUCGGAGGCUGGCGAAAUGUGCACUUGGGAUUUGAUCGAUGGAAAAUGCCGGGAAGCAGUUAAAUUACAACAAGUUCACACUAAUAUGCAGGCAUACCACAUGUGUAACUGUGAAGAUCUUAGAUUAUUCUGUAACGGAUACUACCCGGAAAUCCUUGUUAUGGACCCGUUUAGUUUGGAGAUAUUAUUUAUGCUUUCUUCAAAGCAAAAUCCUGAUUGGAUUAGUGCACUACAUGUACUGAGACCAUCGAAGCGCAAAGAUGAUGUGGUGCUAGCAUUGACGACGACGGGUAUGGUGAAAGUGUGGACUCUAACAGGGGCUGAAAACAGGCAUCAAGAACCUAUUUACGAAAAUGAAAGUAAACAAAUACGUACCUUGAAUGCAGCCUGUUUGCAGUGUUGCAGCUAUAACCAAAGAACUGUGCUUGUCGUUUGUACCAAAUAUUGGCAAAUAUAUGAUGCAGGUGAUUUUAGUGUACUGUGUUCCUACUUGGCACCAAGAGGUGAAAGAUGGAUGUCCGGGGAUUUUCUGGCUAUCGACAGAAUAAUAAUGUGGUCAGACGCAGGGAAAGGUUAUCUGUACAAGUUACCAUCUAACAAGCUACGUGGCAAGAAUAUUAAUAAUAGCAGUAUACCAGAACAUUCUGAUUUUCAUACUCCAAGUAUCGAAAGUGAUAGCCCAUUUUUAUAUUGCAUUUUGAAUCAACCAGACAGUAAGCCUCUGUCAUGCCCUCCAGCGAUGCAUUUCAUUACGACUACCAAACAAAACAAGCAGAACAAAUCCAGGUAUCUGAUUAGAGGCGAUUCGGAGGGAUACGUUUUAGUGUGGAGUAUUCCCGAAAUUUCGGCGGCGCAGUUAGAUGAAAUCCAAAGACAAAAAUUACCUCAACCAAUCGCUAUGAAAGCGACCCUUACGACCAGCCUAACCGAGGCGUGGGCAGGCGUAAAUCCGAGUCCCGUCGGUAUUUUGGAUCAGCUAGAGAAGCAGGAAGGUCAAUCUAUUAAACUGACGGCCAGUAUUUAUUUACCGUUACAAAGUAGGUUAGUGGUCGGAAGGGAAGAUGGUACGAUAAUAAUCGUACCGGCAAAUCAGACUGUGAUGUUACAUCUACUUCAUGGUAACCAUCAGCAGUUUAGCGGAUGGCCUCAACAUCAAAUACUGUCAGGCCACGGUGGUAGGGUCAAUUGCCUUCUCUAUCCGCAUAGAGAACAUUCGAGAUAUGACAAGAACCAUUUGGUGUCCGGUGGUGUGGACUUUGCCGUGUGCCUGUGGGAUUUGUACGCCGGAACAUUGCUUCACAGAUUUUGCGUACACGCCGGAGAAAUUACCCAACUAUUGGUGCCUCCGAAUAAUUGCAGCGCUCGAAUACAAAAGUGCAUUUGCUCGGUGGCUUCGGAUCAUUCGGUGACGUUACUCAGCCUGGCCGAAAGGAAAUGCGUCUGCUUGGCGUCGAGACAUCUGUUUCCCGUCACUACGAUCAAAUGGAGGCCUAACGACGAUUUCAUGAUCAUCGGUUGCUCGGACGGUACGGUCUACGUGUGGCAAAUGGAGACCGGCCAUUUGGACAGAGUCCUGCAGGGCAUCGCGGCCGAAGAGGUGCUCUACGCCUGCGAGGAAAACGAAGCUAACAACACGUCUUCCGAGGUCGGUUUGGCCAAUCCGGCCGUGCAUUUCUUUAGAGGGCUCAGACAUAGGAAUUUGUCCGCCAUUCGGCAUGCCACUCAAAGGGGUCUACAUCAACUGCAGAUGCUCGGUGCUCACACGAACAACGAUGAUCCGCACAUGCAGAGAAACCACAACUCUCCUCUUUCCGUACAAGGCCUACGAACAAAUCCCAAAGAUCCCGAAAGCCACAUUUUAUUUUUUGACAUUGAGGCGCUGAUAAUAGAACUGCUCAGCGAAGAAUACGAAACGAUGUCGCCCGGUAGUCUCGAAGCGGCCGGUCUAAUUAAUGCUACGGAGUAUUUGAAAGUGGCUGCUUUGACGCAGAGUGCUAGUCCUGAUGCCCAUAAAAAGAUCGUAGACUUUUUCGGAAAAAUGAAAAAUAAGGCUGAAAACAUGGAAAUGAUAAUAAAGGAAAAAGAUAAGCAUGGAAUACUGGCAAAAAUGAAAGAAGGCGCCGAAUCAGCGAUAGCAAAGGCGGAAAGCGUUUUAAAACAUUCAGGAGAUCACUUGAAAGAACCAACUGAACAUAAUGCUAAAAACAAAAAGCCCAAUUCGUUGGGCCCCAUCGAAGCUAGUCAUGGCAUGGAGAUAGCGCAACUUCUAUUAUCGUUGCUACACUCGUGGGGUUUAGACAACGAUCUCGAUAGAGUAUGCCAAGUGAAACUUGGUCUUCUACGACCUAUGGUACCCGUUUCGUACGGCGUUCUAUCUAAAGCCAAUCACAUGUCGCUUUUCCUUCCGACUUGGCACAAUACCAUUCCCGUCGACGAGGAGCCCCUUCCAUCCGAUUUGGCCCUCACCUACAGCCUACCGCCGGAGAUCAUCAGACAGGAACAAAUCACCAGAAUAUUCACGUCUCGAACCCAUUGGGAGCUAAGCACCACCUUAACUACCAAUCACUUGCUGGCCAUAAUCGCCCUAAGCCACACGUUAAUGUCGAUGAGCAACGCCACAUUCGUCCCCGAACAAGAAAGAAACAGGAAAAUGCAUAGACAGUCCACUCGGGUCAGUUGGUCGAAGACGGACGAAGAAAACGAAGAGAUGUUCGAGAUGUUUACGCAACAACAGGCGCAAAUCAAGCAAGGUUGGUCUCUCCUGGCGACGUUGCAUUGCGUUCUUUUGCCCGACAAAGUGAUCGAGCACGGAGCUAAAAAUUUCAAGAGACCGCAAGUGGAAAUGAUGGUGAAACGGUGGCAACACCAUUGCGUAGAAGUCAGGGAGGCCGCUCAAACGUUGCUUUUGGCCGAAUUAUCGAGAAUGGGUCCUAAAGGUAGGAAGCAAUUGGUGGAAUCGUGGGCGCAAUAUUUGCCGCAGUUCACGCACAUCGAGACCAUCAAUCAUCAAGCCACGUCUCCGGUGCCGCAAACGAACGGUACUACCAACCAACAACCGCACAGUCCGGAUCCAGUGGACGAAGAAUUCGAGGAAGAAGAGGAAGAGCAAAUUCGCAAACCGUCGAGUUUGUCCGAAUUGAAAAAGAAACAGUCCACGGCGGUGAUUAUAUUAGGCGUAAUCGGGGCCGAAUUCGGGCAAGACAUCACUUGUAGCGACAACAAUAAGAGGAGAAUGAGCGAAGAUCGAAGGAAAAGUUCCGUCGUCGAAGGUUUCGGUCCUGGUAAUAAUAAUCUGGCAAGACUGACUUCGAUGGCGUUGUCCCAUUUGCUAUUAGCUCCUGCCUCUCCGAAACUACCAGCACACAUUCCUUUAAGACGAGCCGCCAUCGACCUCAUAGGCAGGGGAUUCACCGUUUGGGCCCCUUUCUUAGACAUUAGUAAAGUAUUGUUAGGUCUUUUAGAAAUGUGCUCAGAUGCGGAUAGAUUGGUUCCCAGCAUGACCUACGGACUACCUUUAACUCCACAAGCCGAUUCGUGUAGAACCGCCAGACACGCUCUGACUCUUAUAGCCACAGCUAGACCGGCCGCAUUUAUUACUACCAUGGCCAAAGAAGUGGCCAGAUACAACGCCAUGCAACAGAAUGCACAGACGUUGAACAUCAACAUGCACAACAACGUGUUGCACAGAGCGAAGCCGGAAAUUUUACGAGGCGUCGAACUUCUCAUCGACAAGAUGCAAAACGAAAUGUCCGAACUUCUCGUCGAGCUAAUGGACAUCAUAUUGCAUUGCGUGGAUCCGAGUCAGUUGAAAAGUACCGGUUUGCAGGAGCUGUUCCCGGCCGUAUGCCGGUUUAAUCAGGUGUCGCAUUGUCCGGCGACGCGCAGAAUAGCAGUUGGUUCGCAUACCGGAUCUUUGACAUUGUACGAGCUUAGACAGGGAAAGUGCGUUACUAUUAAAGCUCAUUCGUCGGCCGUCACCGCUUUGGCAUUUAGCCCCGAUGGGAAAUUCUUGGUCAGUUACGCUUCCGGCGAUAACAAGUUGAGCUUCUGGCAAACCAGCACGGGUAUGUUCGGCUUGGGCCAGUCGCAGACGAAGAACGUGAAAUCUUACAGCACGGCUCCCAUAGCGGACGUGUCGCGCCUGAACCCCAUGCGUCUCGCUCGCUUGAUUUGGAUCAACAACAGGACCGUGUCGCUGAUGUUGGCCGACGGUUCCGAAACUAGGUUCAACGUGUAACGGAACGGUAGCCGAAUAGAUAACGUGGCCUUUCCAGUCUAACGUCACCUUAUGAACGAGUAGGUAUAUAAUGUUAUGGUUUAAAUUAAAUCGAUGCGUCUGUGUAACAUUUUAACUUGCACACACUUCUCUGGGUUUAUAAUUUGGGUGGUAGAACGGCGUAGUUUGGUGAACUAGUUGGGCUGUCGGAUUAUAUUGAAUUGAAUUAUUUACGUACUAUUUAAGCGCGCGAUAUCAAAAGGGAAUUGAAAAAAAAUGUAUUGCGACGGAACCGACAGCCCAACUGGUUUUUCGAAAUUGUAUCAGUUAUUAAAACGAUGAGCGACAAUAAUUCGAAUGUGACGAUCGUUAUUAUUACGCCUAUUUGGCUCGAAAGCAAGCUAAAUAGGGUCUUCUUGCAGCCUUAAAUUAUCAAGAGUCUAUGUGCCUGUAAAUGUAUGCACCGUUGAUUUAUUUAGUUAUUCUUCCAAAUUUGUACAUCAAAUAUUUUGCGACUGCUACAUCUUAUUUUAACAUUAAAUAUUGAUGAAAAUCCGUAUGUUAUUUAUCCUAAUUAUUAUAGAUUAAAUUAAUUAAGUAGUUCUUUUAUAAGAACUCAAUUUUUAUUUGCGUAUUUUCGAUUAUUUCGCCACCAUUUACCUAAUGCAUGGUUCUUCAAAAUCGUCCAGUAAUGUAGGAAUUUGGAAGAAUAGCGAAUUAUUAAUUGAUAUAAGUUCCGCAUUUCCUUAUUUCAUUUGAAAUUAGUUGGGCUAGUCACUUACCGAGAUAGCUUUAGCCUAUUUAGUUUGCUAACCAUUUUCAAAGUGCUAUAUUUUUAUUCGUCUCGAAUUUUUAUGAAAGAUAUCCGAAGAAAUUGAAACGUGUAUUGAAACAGUUUUCAUAAUUUUCGAGAUUCUAAAAAUAUAAACGACGAAUUCUAAAAUUCGUCGCGAUUUAUUCAAAAAUAUAUUUAUAUAAUUCUAGUCAUUAAAUUCCUACCCUUGCUCGUUAGCUUAGCUUGUAUUAUAAUUUUCUUGUAUGAAGUAUUAAUUCACAGUUAAUAAUGAAAUACAUAUGGAGUACCGCGCUCGGUUGUAGAAGCGGGUUUGGUUCUGUAUGAGUUUGAUUACAAUUUUGAGAUACAAAGAGCCAGUAAUUGAAAGAAAAAAUACUAAACCAUCUUUUACGUGCGAUUCUUGCGGUGUUCAUUACUUAGGGAAUUAAUUGAAUGCUUAAUAGGCUGUUAGAAGCAUAUCCAAAUAAAAGAAAUAUCGUACUUACAGGAUUUUGAUUGAGACAAAAUGACGUUAAACGUGCUUCUAUUAAACAUUCAAUUACAGUAUUAAAAUUACUAAAUAUGCAAGUACAAAUUUAUGUAUUUGUACAAUAUUAUAUUAACCUCUAAUUGAUGUGAAAAUGAACACAAUCUGAUCUAGUUUUGUAAUUCGAAAAUUGCAAAGUAAUUAUUAAACGAAUACAUAUAGAUAAUUUUAUCAUUUAUCCAUAUAAUGUUUAUAAAAAAAAUGUAUAUAAAUGUUAUUUAUU